CGACCGUUUGCCGAGUCUAUAAACGUUCCAUCGCCCUCGACAUCGUCCGAAUCAACACCAUCGCUAUCGCCCCAAAACCGCGUCUCUCGCCGCGCAACCCGGUGAUUGCACUAUAAACCUUCGCACCUACAAAGGAUUGGUAAGCGCCCCUAUUGGCGUUCACCGUCCGCGACACUGUGUGAACACGCUUCCUAAUCGCCUCUUAUGGCAGGCCCAAACAACCUCCUACUCAGUUUCGCCGAAGCAAAGCUCCUCCACAUCGCCAGCAUCAUUCUCCUGGUUGAACGAAGCGAAGCAACCCGAAAAGCACAUAGCUGGAACUGCUGGUACUCACGCGCUAUCUUGAUAGCCAACGCUCCCGCUGCGUUCCUUCUCGCCUUCGGUCUCUACAGACUCAUUCGCGCAUAAUGUCGCACGUCGUAGUUUUCAACUCGUACGCGAGGACUUUCAAAAUCCCGACAACACCCACCAAGUACUUGACUGAAGUCAGGGACGAGGCAUGCCAGAAGUUUGGCGUCAACAAGGAUCAGUUUACGCUCAAGUAUAACAAUAAGCCUAUUUCCCUAUCCCAGCAAAUACGGCUAGCGAACCUUCCCCAGGGAGCCCGAUUGGAGCUUGUCCAAGCAUCGCGAUCACCCACCGUUAUAUCCGUCGCGCUCCAGCUUCCCGCAAGCGAACAGAACAAACGCCUUACAAGCAAGUUUGCAAGCAACACUUCGUUAUGGGAGAUACUGCGACACUUCGAGAGUGGUCAGGGGGCCAACUAUAACUUCACACAGCGCGGUAUCCCUGAGAUGAGCGGCGCAUCUGGUGCUGGCAGGUUACACUACGAGCAACCCGUCAUAACGGUCAUGCCAGGCCACAAGGAGCAGUCCAACUUCGUCGAGCUACAACAGACUCUCAGCCAGCUGGGUUUCGAUAGUGGGUCGGCCUUGCUAAAGCUGUCAUACAAGAACAGCGGCACCCCGCUGGAAGAGGCCAUGGCACAAAUAACGCAGUACUUCAAGUCUACUGAGCCUGCGUCUGCUGGUGCGGGAGGUGCACAUGCCUCGACAACCGAUCAAUUAGCAUCAAUACCUGAUCCUGCCCAGGCAGCUCCGGAGGCGACACAAGUCGUAGCAGGCGAGACUGUUCGUAACGAUGAGCCUGAUCCAGAGCCAAUGGAAGUCGAUCCGAAACCGGCUGCGCAGCCCGUACAAGAGCCCCAAGUAUCUACAGAGAACAAUGCGACCGAGAGCGUGGAGAAUAUUUCGCCGGCUGCAGCGUUGGCUGCAGCAACAUCAACAGCGUCGUCUGCACCUGCAGAACCUACUCAAUCCCAUGCACCAGCCCCCCAAACCUCGUCACAGCCAUCAGAACAAUCUCGCAACGUCCAGAUCUUUUCUGCGCCAACAUCGUCAACUCCACAAGCAGCGCGAAAUGCCUUCAACGAAAGUGAUUACCUUCCCACCAUCGAGCAUGCAAAGGCACAUCAAAACGCGUUGUUAGGCAAAACACGGAACACGAGGCUGCUGUCCGACAAAGAGUUGGAGGAGCAAGAAAAGGAACGACAGGCCAAGAUCGACGCGGCAGCCGAAAAGGGUGGUGCACUUCGCAUACGGAUGCCGGACGGUGCGCUCAUUCAAAUGAGCUUUAACAAGAAUGAUACUGCAGUUGGUCUGUACGACUUCGUUCGUGGGUUUUUGGAGAAGAAGAAUGAACCCUUUCAGCUCAAGAACACGAGUCCAACCGGUCGUCUCGUCCUCAUUCCACAAGACAACAAGCGUUUAGUGCAUGAUCUUCGUUUCUUCAACAACGAGCUUAUCACUUUCCAAUGGGCCGACAAUGCUAGCGCUGAGGUGAGGGCAAGCCGGCAUACUCUUUCGCAGGAAUGGCAAGCGAAGGCUCAGGCGCUCAAAGUUGAAGAGCCAGUACGAGAGGAAAAGGCUCAACCCCAGGCUUCCCAGGGUCAGACAGUCGCGGAAGGCAAGCGUAAGGCUAACAUGAGUAAUGAAGAAAAGGAAAGCAAGCUGAAGAAUCUGCUUGGAAAGGGUUUGUUCAAGAAGAAGUAGGACGAUUCGCGAACAGGCAUGUGAUUGUAGACAGUCAUGUAUUUUCAGAUGAGCAUUUCCUGGGAGUUUGAUAUCGGCGAUGGAGCGCUUUCUUUUCUCCAGUGCACUGUAAGUCGGCGCCUAGAAGAUAGUCAUUGGUAGCAAUUAAGAAUUUUGAUAUGCGAA